UGUUCAGAUGCAUGUUAUCUCACACUGGAUCCAAACACAGCACACACUCAACUCAUCUUGUCUGAAGACUACAGAAAGGCAACACACGUCGAAGAUCAUCAGCCGUAUCCUGAUCAUCCAGAGAGAUUUGAGCAGCAUGAGCAGGUUUUGUGUGGAGAGCGUCUGACUGAACGCUGUUACUGGGAGGUUGAAUGGAGUGGAUGGGCUUAUAUAGCAGUGACAUAUAAAGCAAUCAACAGGAAAGGAGGAAGUGAAUCUUGGUUUGGAUACAAUGACAAAUCCUGGAGUCUGUACUGCACUGAAAACAGAUACUCUGCCUGGAAUGAUAAUAAGAAAACUGACAUACCAGCCCCUUCAUCCUCUAAUAGAGUAGGAGUGUAUGUGGAUGUGUCAGCUGGCACUCUGUCCUUCUACAGCGUCUCUGACACACACACACUCACACACUUACACACAUUCAACACCACAUUCACUGAACCCCUCUGCGCUGGAUUCAGAAUAUUUAAAUCAUCAUUGUCUCUAUGUCAGAUUAAAUAA